UUGCGACUUGGAAGUACCCCCCACCAACCCCACACAAACUUCGGUUUCACUUUUGCAGCCAUGUCAUUUUGUUUUGUGGUAAUGAAGCUAAACGUAAACACGACGCGCCGCCCGGGUUGCAGCCUGUUUGGGAUGAAAUAGCCGCACCGCCUCUGUCCGAGCGCCGAGCAGGAGAGGAGCUUGGUGAAAGAGGAGGAUGGAUGGAGUCAGCUGGAGCACCACAAGGGCCCCGGAGUCGUUCAGCCGCUCCAGGACGACAGCUGACACCCUGUCCAGGCUUGCCAGCUUCAUCGCACGGGCUGACACCAAACAGCAAACACGGAACCAGAGGCCGAGACCUUCCCACCUGCCCACAAAUGUUUGUCCAGAAUGUGGUAAGGGCUUCCCUUAUGCAGCAGAUCUGUUGCAUCACCAGGAACUAAAACACACAUUACCCAAACCUCACCGGUGUCCCUCUUGUGGGCAGGAGUUCUCCCUGAAGUCGUCCCUACAGCUACAUCAGUGCGAUCGUGAUUCCUCCCAGUGUGAACUUUGUCAUGGAGACUCACGGCUCAGCUCUCCCUGCCCUGCAUGUACAACUCACACCUUAGACCCUAGCAGGCCGCAGGACAAGUCACUUCACCGCCAGCCUCACCUCCUGGACAGUAGCCCUUAUGCUUGUGCCCCGUGCGGGAGAGGCUUUAGCCAGAAGCAGGCUCUGCUGCACCAUCAGCAGGCUGGUUGUAGUGAACCACCAUCCCCAUCAGAUAUAGCUGAUGCCAGCAGCCUUCCAGAUGAUUCUCCUCCAGUUUCUGAGGGAGACUCAACCCGCUCUGAUUGUUCAGACACCCCAGGGCCCAGCAGCAGAGCUGUCAGCGUGUGCCAAUUCUGUCCAAGGACCUUCCGCACUGAGGCUGGACUGCAACGCCAUGAACAGACUAACCACACCGAGGAGCGGCUGAUGGAUCCACAGAGACAAAAGACCAAAGGAGAAUGUACUGGUGGAGAAACAAGGAAAGGAGAGAAUACCAGUGUGAAUGGAGAUCCAAAUAUAAGGCCAAAAUCCAAGAAGAAGUUUCUGAGCUGUCGCUCUUGCGACAUGGUUUUCAGAAGCACCUCUAAGCUCUAUGUGCACAGAAAAGAGAAGCACAGCAGAGAGAAAAACAUUAGGAGAGAACCAAGACCAGUCAUGAGCAAGCGCAGAAGAAGAGACUCAUAUCCAUGUCAGUUCUGUGGCAAAGUUUUCUUCCAUCAUUUGUCCCUAAGGGCACAUUACAGACAGCACACAGCCUCAAGCUUCACCACAAUCAAAAACAAAAGUCAGUCUGUAGGAUGUACCACCAAAGACUACAACUUAUCAGAAAAUAGACCAAAUAAAUCAAAAACCAGCCUAGCAGAUAAUAAGACUGUUAGGGCUGGUCCAGGGAGGCCCAGGAAAGUGGCCAGAUUAGAGACCAAGGUCAGUGAUCCUGGGAGAUGCAAGGAAGUGCCUGAAGUACAGGAGGAGGAGGAGGAGAGAGAGUUCCCAUGCCCCUCCUGUGCAGAGGUUUUCUCUCUGCAGUCGCAGCUGAGGGAACACAUGGAGCUUCACCAGUCCUCCAUCAAGAGGAGGCAGUGCAGUGUGUGCACACACGAGAUGGACACCUGUAAAUGGCCCAGCUCAAAGAGGCAGAGGCUGUACCACUGUGUGCCCUGUCAGCAGGGCUUCUCAGCACUGGACUCUUUCCUAGAACACUGUCAGGAACACCUGCGAGUCAGGGUGGAGGAGGACAGCAUCACAGAGGGCUACACACAGCAGGCCAGCAAAGCCUGAGGUUCACUUUGAAUGUCAUCAGCAAUUGCCUUUUUUUGUUUGCCUUGAAGGGUUAGAGAGCGGACCGUUUUGAAGUAUCUCAAGUUCUUGUUGAUUAACUAGUUAAUUCACUCAGCAUUUAGAACAUCUUGUUGUUAUAUCUACGCUGUUUGUUUAAUUGGUUUAAUGAUUUCAUUUAUCCGCAUCAACAUCAAGGGUUAAAGGAAAAUAGUUUUUAAAGGACCAUACCAGAGUUUUUGCAUGUUUUAUUUAGCCUUUUCACUAUAAAUCACAUACUUUACUGCCAACCAUUAACUUAAGCAAAUUAUAGCUCCUUUCAGAUUUUCAAAUGUCUGCUAUAUUCUAGAUCAGUGUUUCUCAAAGUGGGGUCCGGGGACUUCCAGAGGUCCAUGAAAAGGUACCCGGGGUCCCCAGCAAGAAGGGAAUAAUUUAUUUUCACUAUAAUUCCAUUCAUAAGUAACACAAUGACAGAAUGUAUGCCUAUUUUCUCUCUAAUUAGACCUCUAAAAAUUUCAUCAGAUGGAGGACCCUGAGACAAAAUCUUAUCAAACUGGGGUCCCUGCCCUAAUUUGUGUCAGUUUAGGGGUCCUUCACAUCAAAAAGUUUGAGAAACCACUGUUCUCGAAACUCACUCAAUUUGUUUUCCAUACAGUAUAUAAAUAAUUUUUGUGUGAGAUCCAUUAGAGACCAUUUAGGGAGUUAAUGUGUAAUGUUAUCACUGAAUUGUAAUGUAUUUGAAAACUGAUCAUUUUAGUGUGUUAAAGUGCUGCUUAUGGGACAGUCCACCAAGAAGCUAAUGUAGACAUUGCAAAAAGGAUUGUGUGUGUGUUGUUUGGCAGCCUACUCUAAGACAAAGUAGAGCAUCCCACAAGCACUUGUGUGCACCUCUGAUGAACAGUUUUCAAAUUAAUUAAUCAGUCUCAGCUUUAUUACAGCAAGAAAAUAACACAACUUUGACUAAUCAUAAUGUUUACUGGGAUGGAUUACCUCGGUCUAGGCAGUUUUUCAGUCUUUAGUGAAAUACACUGAAAAGAAAACAUGCAAAAACUCCAGUAUGCUGCUUUAAUUGAGUCUUGCAUAUCCCUUCAUAUUUUUGUGUUACUGACAAGCUGAUAUGUAUUACAGAUCAGGACCUUGUUUCCUUACAGUGGGACUAAGAACAUCUGGAAAACAAUGCCAUCUGCAUUAGCAUGGUACGUUCCAGCCAAAGCACUGCCAGAUAUCCUUUUUGCUAGAGUUUAUUUUUACGACACACAACUGGAGUGCUUCGGCUAAGGAAGCUCUUGUGUCUUCUGCUGUAUUUUACUUAUUUGUCUUACAGUUUUGGCAAUAAUAAGUCGCAGUUUGGUGGGAACUCUGGUGUGUCACUGGCUGGAUUGUCACUGUUGUCUGCUGGACCUGAGUAUUUGCAUUUGCACUGUAUUUGUAGCACUGGUUACAAUACUGGAUGGAGGUUCAGUUCUUUGGUCAAGACUGCUAAGUAUUUGCUAAGUAUUUGCUAAGUGCUUCACCAAGGUUGGACAGAUGGACUGAGCCUUUUUAUAUGCUGUUUGAGAUUCCAACAUGUGGUAGUUAUUGAACAACGUGGUUGUUAUGGAUGAUUAUACCCAAUACAAUGCCUUUCAUCAUGGCCUGUCUUUUUAGCUGGCUUGAACUCGGGUGGUAUUACCUAGCUAUGCAAAUAGAUAGACUGAUGGCAGCCACAGCCCUUUGGUGUGUCUGUGAUGUGUGAUAAGUGCUUUGAUCAAUGAACAAGGAUCAAUGUGAGUUUUGUUUUGUUUGUUCUUUCUAAAUGAUUUUCAGCUACUGUUUAAAAGUGCAACUGUGAAAAUAUAGAACAUGAGUUAAUAGGUUUUGAAUCUUCUACUUUUUCAAGGUCUUUUGUAAAUGAGUCUAUGGCUCUUUAUAGAUAACAUUAUUAAAACUUCACAGUUUUCAAGGGAUGUUUUGUUUGUUUUCUUCCUACUGAUUUUGUGAAGUUUUCCAUGCUGAUAAACUGGGUUGUCAGUAAGUUCCUGUGUACAUUAUAUGAAAGUCUAAUUGCACUCUUAAAAUUGGGUUGAUUGCAGAAUGACAAUGAUGACUGAUUGUGGUACUUGAAGUAGUAAUACAACAUGAAACCUUUUAUGUAAAGAUAUUCCCUCCAUAUUUAAAAAAAUAAAUACAUUUAGCUGUU